AUGUCCACACCAAAAGCACAAACAUCUUCCCCUGGCGAUGCCUACUCAGACAGUUCGAUUUCAAUGCGAACACCGUCCAUGAAGUUCAUAUAUCGCCUCGAGUGCGAAAUGGCAAAAGAUAAUCAUUUUGUUGGAGCUCAGUCUGGCACAAGCAAUGCCAGAGUCGUUAUGCCCAUUGUCGGCGGCACUGUCAAGGGACCUCAAAUCUCGGGAAUUAUAGAGCACAUGAGUGGAGCAGAUUGGGGUCUUGUGAUUGGAAAGACAGGUCUUACGCGUCUGGAUGCGAGAUACACUCUCAAGACCGAUGACGGGCACUACAUCUAUAUCGUCUCGAAAGGCAUCUUUAAGCCUGGUCCUGGUGUGAACAUUGACCCUGAUAACCGUACUCGCAUGACCCAAGAUGAGGUGGACUGGUUCACGCGCUUGCAAUUCGAGGCUUCGGGACCGUAUGACUGGUUGAACAGCGUCUUCGGUAUCGGCGUCCUCGCUAUGAAUGACAGCAAGAUCUUGAUAGACGCCUAUGAGCUGACGAACUUCAUGUAA